AAGCAGUUGUAUUCAAAUGUCAACGGCGGUGGACAACGUCGUAUUGCUCUCCUCCAUCAGAAUCGUCGAAUCGUCCCAAUACGCACCAACAAGAAUUGAGAAUUUUAAUUGCGUGACAGUGUGAAAAUCGUUGUUUCGAGGACUUCUGGUGGCUGUCCAAAUCGACAUAAUCGUCCACUAGAAGUGCAUAAAGCCACCGCUCUUGAAUGUUCCAGAGAUGGGUAAUGCCGUCAGUGGUGGCGAGAAUAAUGAUGACCUGGUGGACAUAUUGCGUCUGCGGCGGUACAUAAAAACGAAAAAAGUUGAGAGGGUUUUUCGGGCUGUGGACAGGGGAGAUUAUGUCCUCGAUUCGGACAGGGAUCGGGCUUACAGCGAUGUAUCGUGGAAAGUUGGCAAUCUUCAUCUCUCUGCACCUUGUGUCUACGCCAAGGUCAUGGAAGGAUUGUCACUGGAGGCUGGAUUGAGCUUUCUGAAUGUUGGCUCUGGCACUGGCUAUUUCAGCACCAUGGCAGGACUAAUUCUCGGUCAUUCUGGAACGAACCAUGGCAUCGAGUUGAAUAAGGACUGCAUAGAGUACGCUUACGAGAGACUGGCGGAGUUUAAACAAAAAUCGCAGGCGGUGAAUGAGUUUGAUUUUUGUGAGCCAGUUUUCAGCAAUGGAAAUUUUUUGAGAGUUAUACCAAACAGACAGUAUGACAGAGUGUACUGUGGGGCAGCGUGCCCGGAAUCACAGGAAGCCUUCAUAAAGCAGUUCGUCAAAGUGGGUGGCAUCCUGGUGAUGCCAUACAAGGACCACUUACUGCGGAUUGUACGAGUUGACACAGACACAUGGAGGCACAAAGCAAUGCUUCCUGUGGCAUUUGCUGCCUUAGAUGUCCCAAAGGACGAGAACCAAACCAUCAUUCAAUUACCUUUCUCAGAGGCGCUAACCCUGCAAGACUUGUGCAGAUGUUCCAUCCGUUCUUACCUGCGGAAAUUGAUCUGGCAGAAGCACCCGGAACUGGAAUCAAAGACUCCAAUAACCUCAGACCCUAGCAGAAAUCGUUCUCACCCCAGCAUCGCCCUGAGCAAUCAGUCCAUGUACCAGGGUUCAGUCACCAGGAUAUCCGUGGAGGACGAGGAGGAUGAUGAUAGCUCCACCACGACUCGCCUUCUUGUCUGCAUGAAUUCUCCCUCCCACAGCAGCCUCCACCACUUGGUCAGAUCCCUGGCACCAUUGAGGCCCCUCUCAGACCCGGAGGAUAGCGGCACCGACGAGGAAGUGGAACCAGUGAUGAGUAAAGAAAUCCCCAUCGACUCCAUGCUCUCAUCCUCCUCGUCCUCCCUGUCUUCUCUGGGUGAUCCCCUCAGUAGUUCCAACUGCCCAAAGAAUGGAAGAAACAAUGCAGAAGACGAGCCAAUGCUCGUCGAUGAACCAGAAUCUAGUGCAACUCCAAAUGAUGAGGAAACAAAUCCAUUUAGUGAUGAAAAUAAUGUGUGCCACGAGCCAUCGAGCACUGGACAUCAUCCUCAAAUGAACCAUGCAAUGAGAUUAGUGAGCGAUGGGUCAAAUGUCAAUAGUGAUAAGAGUAAUUCGUCGCAAUCAGAAAGCAACUGCACAUCAGCAAAAAACGGAGUGUCUCUGGUCGCUGAGAAGUCCUUCAAGAGAGAUAACGAUAACACAUCAACCACUUGCAAAGAUUCUGGGGAGGGAACGAGCUCUGAAAGGGACGACUUUCGAAGCCCAGCGAUGAAGAAAAAGCUGAGAAAACUUCUGCCCAAGAGGGAGAUCGAUGAGGACUGGAGCGCUAAUCGUCUUGGGGAUGGAAGCGCUGAUGGCAACCAGGAGACAUCUCCGAAUCUCUGGAACUUCGAAGACUCCAGUGAUGAAGCCUGCGGUCCCAGCAAGUUUGGGACACCAAAGUGGAACACCCUGACGGGCUCCAGCGGCGAGGAUGACGAGGACUCAGGUAACGAGAGGAGUAAGGAUCCUGACGUCAGUGGAAUCAACGAUUUCAGGUGGAAUAUGAUCUGGGAUUCCCUCUUUGAUUUGGAUCCUCGAAUGAAUGGUAAUGAUGGCUCGUCGACUCAGGUUCGGGGCUCCUCCGAUGCCCCCAGGAAUAGAUCUUCACAAGUAUUUGCGCACAACGUUCACGCUGAUAACUUGGCGGAGGAGAUGCACAGGACAAUCCAGGCAUUACCGUUACCCACUUCCCUGCAGCUGUACAUAAACUACAACAGACCCUUGUAGACUUACCAUUCACAAUGUUACGGAUGUGAAACACCAAGUUUAUAUGAUAGAUAAUAAGGAUUACUGUACAAAUUUGAGAAAAUAAAAAUACUAUGCCAUUCA